ACUUUUUAAAUUUUAGUUAGCAACCUUUAUUUCCUACAUUAAUCUAGAGCAUCAUCCACACGGUUUAUUAGGAAAAAAAACGGAAAACAACACAAAACAUGGGGAUUUUGAAUAUUUCUGACGAGUCCUCGCUGCAAAAUAUAUUAUCCUCAUCAGGAAACCAACUGGUGGUUCUACAUUUCUCAGCCGCAUGGGCCCCACAGUGUAAACAAAUGAAUGAGGUCAUGGAGGAACUAUCUAAGGAUGUACAGUACAGCAAUGUUCAAUUUGUACAGUUAGAAGCUGAAGACCUGCCAGAUGUCUCAGAAAAAUAUGAAAUAACUGCAGUACCUACAUUUAUAUUCAUCAAGAACAAGGCCCAGAUUGACAGAAUUGAUGGUGCUAAAGCCGCAGAUCUUACAAAGAAAGUCAAGCUUCUCAGUUCUGGUCAAACAGGUGUGCCAUUACCUGUAGAUGACAAAAAACCCAGACAGGACUUAAACACCAGAUUAAAAAAUUUGAUCAGUUCUGCUCCAGUCAUGCUUUUUAUGAAGGGAGACCCAGACACUCCAAGAUGUGGGUUCAGUCGACAAAUAACACAGCUUCUAAAAGAGAAGGGAAUCAAAUUCAGCUCCUUUGACAUUCUACAAGAUGAGGAGGUCAGACAAGGUUUAAAGACAUAUUCUAACUGGCCAACAUACCCACAGCUCUAUGCAAACGGUGAACUAGUCGGCGGUGUGGACAUUGUGAAAGAACUGAUAGAAUCCGGAGAACUCGAGUCGCAGCUUCCUAAACAGACCAGUCUAGAAGACAGAUUGAAGUCACUCAUCACUAAAUCUGAUGUGAUGUUAUUUAUGAAGGGAGAUCCCGAUACCCCCCGCUGUGGCUUCAGUAAACAGAUGACCAGUGUGUUAGCUGACACCGGUGUGAAGUAUGACACAUUCGAUAUUCUGAGUGAUGAUGAAGUUAGACAAGGAUUAAAGACUUACUCAAAUUGGCCAACCUACCCACAGCUUUAUGUUAAAGGAGAGCUGAUUGGUGGAUUAGAUAUCAUCAAGGAACUAAAAGAAUCAGGAGAACUGGAAUCGGUGCUCAAAGGAGAGUGGUGUACAAUAUCAAGGGGAGAACAAGAAAAAUGUCAGAAGCUGCAGAAAGUGGCUGCUGAUUUGGUCCGAAGACAGGUGCCAAACUACGGAGUUAUCCCCCUUGUAGAAUGUGUCCGGGGAACAGAUAUGUAUGACUGUAUGAAGAAAAUUCAGGAUGACAACGCAGACAUCAUGGCCUUGGACACCGGUCAGGCUUACUUUGGAGGUCGCUACUACAACAUGAUGCCCAUCUUAGCCGAAAAAUACGAUAUCACUGGGACAGAUGCUGAUGCAGGAAUGUAUUACUACUCAGUAGCUGUUGCCAAGCGGGGAUCACAAUUUAAUGUGUUUCAACUUCGAGAUAAAAGAGCGUGCUUCCCAGGAGUUGGAACAGCUGCAGGAUGGCUCUAUCCUAUUGGAACAUUUGUUCAGAAAAAUGGAAACACUAACAUAAUGCAGGUUACUGAAUGUAAUGCCAUCGUCAAAACGGCUACUGACUUUUUCCAGUCCAUGUGUUUGCCAGGAGCUUUAUCAUCAUUUUACAAUCCAUUUGGAAAUAACCCAGCCCGCAUUUGUGAGUUAUGUCGAGGGAAUUUGGAGAAGAAGUGUACGACAGAUGACCCGUAUGCUGGAUACGACGGAGCCUUCAACUGUAUGUCAUCUGACGCUGGGGACGUCGCCUUCCUACGCCACGACACGGUCCAACAGAUGUCUCUUAACUCCACUAACAGACCUGAGAAUUAUGAAUUGCUGUGUCCUAAUGGUAUGAGAUUGCCUGUGUCAGAGUAUCUAACCUGUAACUAUGGAAAAAUUGUUUCCAACACUCUGAUGACAUCCUCUCUGAAAUCCAAAACCGAGGUGCAGGCUUAUAAAGCCUUCCUGCUUCAGGCCGCUGAGUGGUUCGGCCCUACAGGAGUUUACAGUGGCGAAUUUAAGUUGUUUGAUUCCCAGGACUGGGCGUACUUACAGAGGAGAAAUUUAUUGUUCACAGACAGUACUCAGACUCUGGUAGAUGUUGGAGAUAGAAACACGUACUAUAGCUGGGUUGACACUGGUUUUUAUGACAUUAUGGAGAACCUGAAUGCCUGCCCCCUAAUAGCAGCCAGAUUGUGUGUUAUCUCUAAACAAGAGAAGGCUAAGUGUGAGACGAUGAUGAUGGCAUUUAAUGCUAAGGACUUGCGACCCAGCCUGGACUGUAUAAGGGGCACCGGGACAGACCAUUGUAUGAAGCUUAUCGCCCGCGGUGAUGCCGACAUGAUGGUGCUGGAUCCAGGCGAUGUGUACUUAGCUGGAAAGAAAUAUGGAUUAGAACCAUUUAUUGUGGAAGAUUACGGUAACAUGAAUGCUUCUGUCCAUGUGGUCGCUGUUGCCAGAAAGAGAGACCAUUACAUGACAUUGUUUAAUCUCAAAAAAAAGAGAGCUUGCCUGCCAGGAAUUGGACGAGGAGAUGGCUGGGUCAUCCCCAUGAAUAUAUUUAUAGAAACAGAACAGUUCAUCCCCCAGCACUGUACACUCUUUGAAAACAUGGGUCAGCUGUUUAUUCGGUCAUGCAUUCCUGGGUCAAUGGACAAAGACUACAAUCCUAACCAGAAGCCAGUCAGUCUGUGUGAGGGGUGCGCUGCGGGGGGAUUCAGGAAGUGUCAGAGGACCAGCGAGGACCAGUACUACGGAGCCAGUGGGUCAUUCCGAUGUCUCGUAGAAAAGGGAGGAGACAUUGCGUUUGUGAGACAUCUGACGGUACGAGACAACACUGACGGUAGGAGACAGGCGAUCUGGGCCAGGAACAGAAGAUCCGACGAUUACGAAUUAAUGUGUAAAGAUGGCCGCAGAACCAACAUUGACGACUGGGAAAACUGUCAUCUAGGCCAGAUACCAGCUAAUGCUAUAGUCACAGCCAAGUAUAAAAGUGAACAGGACAGAACAAUAUUUUGGAAUCUCCUGAAUUAUGGUCAACAGUUUUUCUCCUCAGACAUUGAGGGAGAUUUCCACUUGUUCGACUCUGGUACCUGGUACAAUGAUUUAAUAUUUACUGACGAUGCCGUCCGGUUAAUGAAGCUGGACAAGAGCAUGCAGGACUACAGGAAUUAUCUGGGUCAAUCGUUCAUCAACAAGAUAGAGAAUCUCCACCAGUAUACGUGUGUCCCUGUCAAACCCAGCUCUUCAUCUUCAUUCUCCUUCUCCUCCAUAUUAAUGGCAGCCAUUGUUAUUUCUCAGCUGGUUUUAUAACACAGCAGGCAACAAAGUGAUAAUUCUUCAUCCUAUGGUUAAAUGUUAUGUGUGUGUGUCUUUCAGAAUAUUUCUUGUAAAUUUUUCAUUCUGAGUGAACGAGAAUGUGAGACAGUUUUUUUCUGUGUUAAUUGGUAAGAAAAACUGUGUAAUUGGUAGAAUCUAUAUGCAUGUAACACUGUACAAAUACAUAUCACAUUAUAGCCUUUGUAAUAUAAAGCUCUGUAGACUUUGUAUAUCUUUUUUAUGGAGGUAAAGAAUACAGAAUUAAGUCCUUUUCAUGAUGGCAAAUUCUUCCUCCAAAAAACCUCAUUCAGGGAAAGGUUGUGCAUUUUAUUCUGUAAAUCACCAUAUUAUAUAAUUACACAAUGAAUUUCACUUAGCUAGUUAUAGUAGUAGCUUUAUCAACCAAAGUAAAAUCAAGCAAUAGGGAGAAACACCCAAAAUAAUCCACAUUUCAGUUAAGUGUAGUCUUAACCCAUUGAUUCUAUAUUGACUCUUUUAUUGACAAUUCCAUGUGAUUUGUAUAAUUUUUAUUUGUAAAUAUUCCACAUAAUUUUAUCGGGUGCCAUUUCAUAUGGAGUCUACUACAUUCCAUUGUUUAGACGUUUAUAUAUUCUACACAAGAGUAUAUGUAUUAUCACUGUAUGAAUGAGAGAGUGCUUUUUGUAAAUAUAUGUUUUUUUAUAUAAAUCAUUUUUUUAUACUACCGGUAGUAUGCAAUUAUUAUGUAUGCUCAGAGUCAGAAUUGGAUAAUCAAUGUACUCGUUAUUCAGUAGCAGAAUUAGUGAUUUAUAUGAUUUAUACUCAUCUUUACCAAAUGUCACAGCACUCCGGAACCUUUAGAGAGAACUUUUUUUUAAAAUCUUGAUAUAUUAUUCAUGUACAACAAUAAAGAAAAAAAUUCUUUUCAGUUAAUUUUUAAAAAUUAUUUUUGAACAAGUUGGCAUUAGUUAAUGUAAUAAAGAUGUACAGGAUGAUCCAACUAGACACAAAUAAAUAAAU